AUGGCGACGGGUCCGGCUACUCAGUCACUGAAGUGUGUGGUGACCGGUGAUGGUGCAGUUGGCAAAACAUGUCUCUUGAUCUCGUACACAACGAAUGCUUUCCCGGGUGAAUACAUCCCUACUGUCUUUGACAACUACACGGCCAGUGUUAUGGUUGACGGCCGGCCGAUCAGCCUGGGACUGUGGGAUACUGCUGGACAAGAGGAUUACGAUCGUCUGAGACCGUUAUCCUACCCGCAAACCGACGUGUUUUUGAUCUGCUUCUCCAUCGUCAGCCCACCAUCGUUCGAUAACGUCAAAGCGAAGUGGUUCCCUGAGAUCGAACACCACGCCCCCAAUGUCCCCAUCAUCCUCGUCGGUACCAAGCUCGAUCUGAGGGACGACCGUGCGACUACGGAAGCCCUCCGCGCACGCAAGAUGGAGACCGUCUCCUACGAACAAGCCUUGGCCGUGGCCAAGGAGAUUCGCGCACAUAAGUACCUUGAAUGUUCGGCGCUGACACAACGCAACCUGAAGAGCGUGUUCGAUGAAGCCAUCCGGGCCGUUCUCAACCCCCGUCCCGCUACGAAAUCCGGGAGGAAGGCAGUCAAAUGCAACAUCUUGUAG